GCCAUCUGCCGCCGCAACCGGUCCUCUUCACGAUCGUCCAGUCGCGAGCCGGCUGACGACAGGUCGACGGCGUUGCCAGCGACAGCAUCAGCUACCAAAACGAACGCGUUUUUCUCGAACAUCCCUUUGGCCGGCGGUCGUUCUUGUUCCAUUGAGGGUGUCGUCGAUUGGCGACACCACGCGAAACCGUGGAAGAGAUCGAUGGCGAACGGUGGUCGAGUGACGCGCAAAAGUUCAGCCACCACCGGCCCUAGCCCAAAGACUCACGAAAGCGUUUUGCCACGAAAGACGAAACAACAACCGCCUCCGCCGCCGCCAACACCGUUGACGAAGGUGUCUUGCUCUAGGCAAACCCAACAUCAACAGCAGCAGCAGCAGCAACAGCAACAGCAGCAGCAGUCACCUGCGGCACCGGCGUCAACGAUUCGGUCGAAUCAGAAACAGGACAAAUCUGGCAUACUGUCGUCAUCCUCGUCUUCGGCGGCGACGACGACUGGCGCGGUUAACGACUCAAAGGGGGCCGGUCGACGCAAGUUCGUCGUACAGAAGACCGACACGGCAAACGCGAUCAACGCCGAGGUGGAUUUUUUCAACGCUGAGGAGAAGAAACGCAUCAAACAGCUGGAAGACGACUGGGAGAAGAACCUUCAGAAACUGCGGCGCCUUACCCACGAGCGACUGCUUAAGGAACGACGUGAGCUGAUCACCGCCACAGCUGAGGGGGGCACCAGUGGCGCCGCCGAAAACCGUACCGUCGCUGUCGCAGUACCAGCGACGGCCGUCACGCCGCAGACCGCCGAGGUACAACAGCAACCGGCCACCACCAUAGCCGUUACCGCUCAGGAGCUGUCAAAGAAGAAAUCAACCGACGAAGACGACCAUCACUUGACCCACAGUUGCUCGACCACCUCCAUCGCACACUGCAAGUACGAGGACGCUAACUCGGCCGAAUCGGUGGAGGCGCUCGAGGAAAAGCCAAUCGAAAGGUCACUAAGUGGUCGUUUCCUGAAAUUCGCCGAGGAACUCGGCCGUGGCUCGUUCAAAACCGUUUAUCGUGGACUGGACACAGAGACGGGUGUCUCGGUCGCCUGGUGUGAACUACAGGUACAUGUCGAACACGUAACGAUUUUAUUAUCAUUUGUAGUUUCAUAACA